AUGGCAUGGCGGUGCUGGGCCCGUGCCGCGGGUCCGCGGCCGCACAGGCUGGCGGUGCUGCUGCUGCAGCCGCGGCGGGGUUUCCGCCGGGCGCGGCCGCGGCCCGAGGAGCCCCCGGCAGCCGCCGCCGAGGCGCGGCCCGGCCCGCCGCCCCCGCGCCGCAGCCUCUGCCCGCCGUCGCCCACCGCGGCCGCCGGCCGCCCCUCAGCGCGCCGCCUGCUGAAGCCGUUCCUGUUCGCCGUAGGGUUCACAGGCUCGGCCUUCGGCUCCGCCGCCAUCUGGCAGUAUGAGUCGCUCAAGUCGCGCGUCCAGACCUACUUUGAGGAAGCUCGAGCGGACUGGAUGGAUAAAAUGAGGCCGCAGAAGAGAGGCGACUUCAGAAAGCAGGUUAACAGCUGGUGGAAUAACCUGACUGAGGGUCAGCGGACUGUGACAGGUAUUAUAGCUGCAAACGUCUUUGUAUUCUGUUUGUGGAGAGUGCCUGGCAUGCGACGGAUAAUGUUUACAUAUUUCACCUCAAAUCCAUCCUCCAGAGCCCUGUGUUCUCCCAUGCUGCUCUCUACGUUUAGUCACUUCUCUCUCUUCCACAUGGCAGCAAAUAUGUAUGUUCUGUGGAGCUUUUCCAGCAGCAUUGUCUCUCUUCUGGGUUGUGAGCAGUUCAUUGCAGUAUAUCUUUCUGCUGGGGUUAUCUCCACUUUUGUCAGUUAUGUUGCUAAAAUGGCCACAGGAAGGUUUGAGCCAUCCCUUGGAGCUUCAGGAGCUAUAAUGACUGUCCUUGCAGCUGUGUGUACGAAGAUGCCAGAAGCAAAACUGGCCAUCAUACUUCUUCCGAUGUUCACAUUUACAGCAGGAAGUGCUUUAAAAGCCAUAAUUGCAUUUGACACUGCAGGGCUUGCUUUAGGCUGGAGACUUUUUGACCAUGCUGCACACCUUGGGGGAGCUCUCUUUGGAAUGUGGUACGUGACUUACGGCCAUGAGCUCAUAUGGAAGAACAGAGAACCACUGGUGAAAGCUUGGCAUGAAAUGAGGACAAAGAGCACAGGAAAGGGAGGAGGUGGAAGAUCUAACUGAUUCUAAUCCUAGAGAUUCCUUGUGCCCAAGUGGUAUCUUACUUGAAGACAUGGGAUUGAAUUGGUUUUGAAGGUUUUCUUGCUACUCCACAUUAAGCCUCUAAGGAGCUGAGGUUUCUAAUGUAACAAAAUUAUGUUACAAAAAUGCAUAUCCAUCGACAAUGAACUCUGACAAAGGUGGAACAAUAAAGGUUUUUAUCCUGUUACUUUCUGAGGUAACAGUCUGCAUUACCUUUUUAAAAGUGGAAUAAAACAUGUUUUUCAAUUAAGUGAUAUAACUCUCUGUCAAAAAAAAAAAAAGGGUACCACUGGUUAAAACUUAGGAAGAUAAACAUUUUCAGAACUGAGGAAGUUAAUGGAUCACACAUACCUCUAAUAUCUGCCAGACAAUACAAGGCACUUUCCUAGAA